AUGCUCCACGAGAUCCUGCUCUCCCUCUCCGGCCAACCGUCACCCCUAUUCGGCACCCAAACGGGAAAAGGCGCUGUCGCUCAAGAUGAUUUUCCCCUUCUUUCACCUCCGGAGAAAGCCCUCCUCGCAUCCGUUGCCCACCUGAGUCGGCUCCACGCUCAGCUACGGACACGCGCCUCCGAAAUUUCGUCCGUGAACCCGUCCGUCGUCUGCCGCUCAGUCUCCAUGGCCAUCGUGGGGACACACCUAAGCGAAUUUCAAAAGAAAAUCUUGGAAGUGGAAAGAGCGAUUCUUGCCGAAGAUAGUGGAUAUGUUGGAGGCUACGGUAUCGUCCCAUUGUCGACUAUCGUUGGAGAAUUCGCACCGUGGACGCGGCGGAUGGAGUGGCUCUGGGAUAUCGCCCAAUUUAUUCAACCCGAGAGGAAGAAGGGCGAACGGCCCCAUGGCUCCACUGGUGCAGAACUCAUUGAUCAUCUGCGGACCGAAGCUCACACCGGAUAUCUUGAUAUCAAAGAGAUGGCCUUAAAUUUAGAGGCAUCUGCAGAGGCAGCAUGGAUGAAGCAACUUUCCAUGUGGCUUCUUUAUGGGAACCUCCCUAUGUACGGCAAGGAUGACUUCUUCAUCCAGGAGGAUUUCGAAAGCGAAGGCGACGAGGCACAAUUCAGCAUAAACAGCCACCUACUUCCGAAAUUUGUUCCGGCACAAACGGCAGGUUCAGUAUUGUUCAUUGGCAAAUCGCUAAACCAUAUUCGGGCAAAACGGAAAACGUCAAUGCCAGGAACCUCUACUGCACCAGUAACUUUGUAUCGAGAACACAUAGAGCAACUCGCAAGCUUGCAAGCACCAAUUUCGCCUGUGAAGCUAUCUUCUGCUGUUGAUUGCAUUCGUCUUUCACUUUCUCAGUCAACCCUGUCCAAACUAUUGCCACUUCCAAAAAUCCUCGAAAUCCUCGAUUUACUUCACGGGUUCCUUCUACUGGGGCGGGGUGAGUUUGCAGUCGCCCUGGUAUCACAUGCAGAUGCCCGCCUGGAAGAAAGUCGACGUCGUGGGUUAACGUUGGCCCGUAAUGGGCCAUCUAGUAAACUUGACGGUCUCGCCAUCAAAGAAGGGGAUGUCACAACUGCCUUAGUCCAAGCAUGGGCGGAGCUGUUUUCUUUGCAAAAAGAAGAGGACCAAGCUGAUGACCAGCUUGAACUUGCCCGGAAUCUUCUUUCUCUAUCCAUCUGUGGUCGAAAAAAGGAACGGCCAAUGACCCCAGCCCAGAACGCUAAUCCGAUAGCGGAGAUCUCGAAAGUAUCAUUCGAGGACUUACUUUUCCCGACACCCACACAACUAACAGCACAAAUCCGAACCCCUCUCGACUUGUUCAUCUCGAGCUCUGACAUUCUCAUAUAUUCCAAGAUCCACUCUUAUCUUCUGGGUAUAAGACGGGCUCAAAUUAGGCUUGGAGAUCUUUGGAAGCGAACUUCAUUACGCAGAAACCACCCUACUCCACGGGGACCACCGCGAAGCAAUAGCGCCUUUGGUCAAGCUAGAUUAAAGGCAGGAAGAGAAAGAGAUAAUGCCCGUGUUCGCCAAAUGCGCCCAAUCUGGGCCACAAGCAGCGCGUGUUUGUUCGUGCUUUCAGAAAUUGGCACCUUCUUCCAGGGAGAGGUGGUCAAUGAAUCGUGGCAGCACCUCCGUGAGUGGAUUGAAGGCAGGUCUUCGUCCACAAGAUCAGCACCCGGCUCUCGGCCUGGAACCGCGUCCACUUCCAAACUACAAGAAGAUUCUGGGGCAAACUCCUUGGAUCAUAGGCCCACCGGAGAUCCUUUCGAGUCUGGCUCACAAACCAUGGGACGGCAUGACCCUGAGGCUCUGACUGUUGCUCAUCGUCGGCACUUGGCGUCUCUCGUUCAAUCCCUCUUUCUAACCGAGGUACCAUUCACAAAUACCCUGAGAAGCAUCCUCACCGACAUCGACCGCUUUGUCGCACUCGUGAUUCGACUGGAAAACAUCCAACGGAAUAUGGACUUGGAAACCGACGAAGGUGUCGUGGAUGCCAUGAUCGACUAUGCCCAAGAAGAACGUGAGAUGUGGGAAAUGCUGGGCUCCACACGCAACCACGUCGAGACGGGCAUGAAAGACCUCGUUACGAGCCUGCGGAACAUCGACGAUAGCCGAUCAGGAGAAGGACGCGGAUCCGUAGAUUUCGGAACAGAAUUCGGCCAGAUGGGGUUCGGGCCCCAACGAGAGGACAGUGCAGGCCCCAGUUUCAGUCAUUAUAUGCCCCGCAAACCUGCAGGCGUGGACAGACUACUCAUGAAACUGGACUUUGGCAGCCUUCGCACCGGCUUCGGGCCCGAGACCUCCGCGGGUCUGGCGGGUAUGCAAUAA